AUGGCUAUCUCUGCUCCCGCCACCGCCCCCCAACAACGCCACUUUCGCCACUGCUACUGCUGCAGCGCCCCCAUCCAACAAGAAAGGUCGCACAGUAGGCUGACGGUCGUGAGAGAGAGGCUGACGGUCGUGGCGUUCUACGCCGUGGGAAGGGAGGAAACCCGCAACGAACGCGCCAGCGCUGCCGGUGCAGGGUAG